AUGACUCAACCACCAGGAUUUGAAGAUCCUAAUGCUACUAGUUUGGUUUGUAAACUUAAUAAGGCUUUGUAUGGUUUAAGAAAAGCUCCAAGGGCUAGGUUUGACAAACUUAAGUCUGCCCUUUUUGCAUGCGGUUUCAUUUGUUCUAAAGCUGAUAACUCCUUGUUUAUUAGACAAACUAAUCUUCACACUACACAUAUCUUAUUAUAUGUAGAUGACAUUUUAAUUACAGGGACUUCUACAACUGCAAUACAAAUACUUAUUUCAGAUCUUCACAAGGCUUUUGCUUUAAAAGAUUUAGGGGAGCUUAAUUAUUUUCUUGGCAUCCAAGUAGAACACACUUCGAAUGGGCUUCAUUUAUGCCAAAAGAAGUAUAUUACUGAUGUCUUAACCAAGGCUAAACUCCAAUAUGCUAAUAGUCUUGGCACACCUAUGACAGGGGGUGAGAAACUUUCAUCUUUUGGGAGUGAUCCUAUUCAAGGUCCUCAUCAUUAUCGCAGCCUAGUUGGUGCCUUACAAUAUGAAACAAUCACUAGACCAGAAAUUUCUUAUGCUGUCAACCGUGUAUCUCAGUUCAUGCAUAUUCCUCUUGCAUCUCAUUGGAAAAUAGUGAAAUGGAUUCUCCGCUAUCUUAAAGGGACUCUUGAUUUUGGCCUUCACUUACAGACGUGUUCCAAGCUCUCUUUGACUGCAUUUUGUGAUGUUGAUUGGGCAUCAGAUCCUGAUGACAGGAGGUCCACGUCUGGUCUAUGUGUUUAUCUUGGUCCCAACCUUGUUUCUUGGUCCUCAAAGAAACAAAGCACAAUCUCAAGGUCUAGCACAGAAGCUGAAUAUAGGAGCCUUGCUCAUGUCACUACCAAGGUUACUUGGGUUCAGUCUUUGUUGUUUGAGUUGCAUCUUCAUCUUCCAAGGGCUCCUACAAUAUGGUGUGAUAACUUAAGUACAGUUUUGAUGUCUGCAAACCCUGUACUUCAUGCUAGGACUAAGCACAUCGAACUAGACCUCUAUUUUGUGUGUGAAAAGGUGCUGAACAAGUCUAUUGUUGUCAAGCACACUCCAGCUCAUGACCAAGUCACUGAUAUAUUGACCAAAGCUUUGUCACCCUCUCGUUUUUUUCUUCUCAGAGACAAACUUCGAGUACUUUCUUCUCAGUUUGAGGGGGAGUAUUAG